AUGAUUCGCUUCUUCAUCGGCUGCGCUGGUGCUACGUUCGUCACCAACCAAUUCUGGUGUUCCCUGAUGUUUGCCCCGAACGUCAUUGGAACAGCAAACGCCACGGCCGCUGGAUGGGGCAACCUUGGUGGCGGAGUCACGCAGAUUUUUAUGAUGAGCGUAUUGUUUAAUCCUAUGGUAGAGUCUGGCAUUGCCCCAGACACUGCCUGGCGAUUGGCCAUGAUCGUCCCAGCAGUGAUGUUCUUGAUCGUCGCUAUCAGCUUGAAGCUCCUUUGCUGGGACACACCCACUGCGAGGCGUUUCGACGUGUCCGUCACUGGCAAGACCCAGAAGCCUUCCAUGAUGGACUAUUGUGAAGUGCUCAAGGACGUGCGGGUGGUUGUCAUGAUCGCGCAAUAUUCCGCUUGUUUUGGUGCGGAACUCGCGAUGAACAACCAAUUGGCUACCCAUUUUCGCACGUACUUCCAGAUGGCGGCAGCAGAUGCUUCGGCAUUGGCGGGCUCUUUCGGCCUGAUGAACCUUUUUGCCCGCAGCCUUGGCGGAAUCACUUCUGACCUGCUCUUCAAGAGGUUCGGCUUCCGUGGCCGCAUCUGGGCGCAGUUCUUGUCGCUCUUCUUUGAAGCAGUGUGCCGGCGGAUUUGCUCUCCAACCUACUCGUGGUGCCGGCGUCUCACGCGAAUCUUAGGCGAGCUAGGGGCCUACACACGUAGUGUUAAAGAUCCUGGGAAGCUGUCAACAAAUUUUCAUGAGAGCAGCCCGCGGGGAGCGGCUAGCUCCUGCCGCG